AUGGCAACAUUUUCGUCAGAACAAGCGGAAGAGAAGCUACUAUCCAAGUUUCAUACGCCGGUUAAAAGAAAACAUGAUGAUACGAGAUCAUCUGAUGUGAACACAACGCAAACUGGUUCAAGCGCCACGCCCAUUACACCUGUACCCUUACUGCCCAGUGCACAAGAGCCCAGUUAUCUUUGCCAGUGGCGCGCUCCCCAGACACGGAAGCACAAGACAUGGGAGGGUGAUGCUAUUCUUAUAUUGCAUGGAAAUAAAACUACUUGUUCGCUACGAUCCGCACAUGAUGGCAGCAUGCUAGUGACGAAUGCUGCCUUCCGGAGACAGCAUGUCCAUGAAGGUGAUGAAUUUUAUGUUGCGGGCAAGGAGAUAAUGGUGGAACGUCCGCUCACUGAAAAUCGUAUGGAUAUUGUCCAGCCUCAGAACAAUGGAAAGUCUACUGCGCCUAUAUACCGCAACAAACUGUCCAAAUCUGGCUUAGCAGCACGACAAAGACCGAUUCCUGCGUCGCAAUUCUAUUCGACUCCAAAUUCUUCAUCAUUUUCACCUCAUAAUGCCUCUUCGGGAGGUAGUAUACUAUUACAGGAGCCGCAUCCUAGGUACAACCCGGAUGUUCCCGGUUCAGUGGUUUUUAAACGUCCAAACGCAAAACAUCAAGAGCUCUUCGGACGCAAGCAACCUGUGGUAGAUGUUGUCUUGGAUCCAGACUUGGCACGCAUUCUGCGACCGCAUCAAAUUGAGGGAGUAAAAUUUAUGUAUGAAGCAGUGACAGGAAUAAGCUCCCUUGAACAAGGUCAUACAACUCCUGGUCAAGGCGCCAUUUUAGCCGACGAAAUGGGCCUCGGAAAAACACUUCAGACUAUCGCACUUAUCGCGACGCUGCUCCGACAAAACUGUUAUUUUUCCAAUAUCCGCCCUGGCACAGUGGAAAAGGUGUUAAUUGUAUGUCCUUUGACGUUGGUGGUGAACUGGAAACGCGAAUUUCGAAAAUGGAUUGGUCGAAGUUCAAUUGGUGUAUUGGCAGUAGAAGGCGAUGGUCGAAAAGAAGUGGAUCGAUUUGUCUCUCAUCGUCAGUACCAGGUCCUUAUCCUAGGGUACGAGCGGCUUCGCAAUUGUGUUCAGGAAUUGUCGCGUGCGAUGCCAGGUGUUGGACUUGUCGUUUGCGACGAGGGUCACCGAUUGAAGUCGAAAGAUACAAAAACAACAAAAUGUUUUGACCUGUUACCAACCCGACGUCGCAUCUUACUCACAGGCACGCCAAUUCAAAAUGACUUGCGUGAAUUUUACACCAUGGUGGAUUUUGUAUACCCUGGCCUUUUUGACCAAUACAGUGUCUUCAAGCGCAUAUUCGAAGAUCCGAUCAUGCGGAGUCGACAACAAUAUUGUACGGAAGAAACACUGGAGCUCGGUAAAAAGCGAAACAAAGCACUGAUGGUGAUAACCAAAGGUAUUAUAUUGCGACGCACAGCGGAUAUUUUGAAACAAUAUCUUCCCCCAAGACAGGAAAUGGCACUCUUCUGUACCAUGACACCCAUUCAAAAAGUCAUGUAUGGUAUAUUUUCCGAGUAUGUCAAUCAUCAAUUAUUACUUGGUGAAAGCCAAACGUAUCUCCCUUAUAUUACACUCUUGCGCCAAUUGUGUAAUUCACCGGAGCUGAUUUUGCCUGAUGCGGAAGAUCUGGCCCGAAACCCUGGCGCAAAUGAUCAGGCAUUGGUGAAGGUCACAGAAACCAUACUUCAAACUUAUACCGCAUCUAUUGAUCCAUGUCUUCUAAGUGGUAAAUUUCUUGUUCUACAUCGUAUUUUAUCAUCGAUUCGGAAACAUACCCAGGACCGUGUCAUUAUCGUUUCCAACUUUACAUCCACACUGAAUCUUUUGCAGCGAUAUUGUGUACGCCAAAAGUUUCCUUUUCUUCGAUUAGACGGGCGCACCAAGGCUGACGUUCGCAGCAAGAUGGUCAAUGAGUUCAAUUCGGAUUCCGGGUCUGAUCAUUUGGGCAAGCAGCCGUUCGUAUUUCUUUUAAGCUCCAAAUCAGGUGGUGUGGGUCUAAAUCUUAUUGGUGCAAACAGACUUAUUUUGUUUGACAGCGACUGGAAUCCUGCAACAGAUCGACAAGCUAUGGCUCGUAUACAUCGUGAUGGACAGUUAAAGCCUUGUUUUAUCUACCGACUACUGCUUGUGGGUUCUAUGGACGAAAAAAUAUACCAGCGGCAAAUUACCAAAAUUGGACUUAGCGACUCACUCAUGAGUAAUGAGGCUGCAAAAGACCAUGAUGUCGCUAGUUCUAGCGACACAUUUUCUCAAGAGGAAUUACGAGACGUAUUUGGUUAUCAUCCCAACACUACAUGUUUAACGCAUGAUUUGCUGGGCUGUGCAUGUGGUGGAAAUGGAAAAGAAGUACAAACACCGGCCGAAGAGCCCUCUAAAGUGGAAAAUUUUACUCUUCCAGGAUUUGUGUCAGCCUCGAAAUUGCCCACAGAAAACAUGUUGAAUGAGAUGCACCGAAAGCGAUUGGAACGUCAGUUUGUCGGAUACUUGCACUAUGAUUUUCAGAAUCAUGCACAGUCCUUUGAAUUUGAUGAUAUUCUUCAGCAUGUGGCAGAGAGACAGCGUCUCUCCACACGCACUUUUACCUCAAAUCAAGAUGCAAUGCUAAACGACAUGAGUAUUGAUCUUUCUCAAAGUGACCAUGGCAUUCUUCAGUCUCUUGUAAAUAAGCAUGUGGGUUACUUGAAAACGAAGGGAGUAAAUGAAGCAAAUGGUGAAUUGAGCUAUGUAUUCAUAAAACCCUCAGAUAUCCAAACCCAAUGA